CGCGCGCUCUGCUUUACUAACCCACGCCUAGCAGGGACGAGGCAGCUGCCCAAUACAGUCUGCUGCUCGCUCGCACGCUCGCGCCCUAACAAUGUGCGGCUAGCCGGAGCACUGGCGGGCAGGCGGGCUGCAGGCCGGGCUCAGCCGCUCUGAGUGCGGUUAACUCGCGAACAGCGCGGUUAGGAGGCUGUAGAGAAGCGGCGCAGGUGACAAAAUAGAAGAAAUGAAACUACAAGCUCCAGGGAGAAACCCCUGCAGCAAUGCUAAGAGCAGGAUUAUGCUCAGAUUCAGCCAAGCGAACCCAUCUGUUACACAGUCCAGACAAUAAAAACAACAACAAGGCCUGAUGCUUCGCGGGGUGCUGGUGACCCUGCCGACAGUCAUUUGCUUUAACUUCUGAGUGAACAACCUCAAAACAACAAGUCAAAAUGCUUGGUCUUCAAGAAACCAGAUCUGCUGGAACUCCCUCCACCAAGACCUAUAAUUGUGUGGCAUGUUCAGCCACAUUCAAUGGUUUAGCAUCUCUAUUAGUGCAUCAAGCCUCUCAUGCCAGUGAAAUCUCCGACCACAAAGUGUCUGCUUUGCCUACUUGCAGUCACUGCAGUGGUUUGUUUGCAAGCAAAGAACUUCUGGACAAGCACCAGUGCAUGGUGUUGCCCCCUCCUGUUGCUCCAGAUGUGCACAAGAAGGAACAUGAAAUUAAUACACAGGUAAAGCCUCAGGUGGGUGAGCCAAGUAUUACAAAUUCCGAAGCAGAACUUGAAGACAGCUUGAAGACGGCUUGCAGCCAUGAUGCCCCAGUUGAAGUUCCCUCACAAGAGACCAUCACUCAAGAGCAUAUGGAUGUUGGGUUGCAGCCAUCUGAUUCACCUACAUGCAUACCUAUCUUAGAUUUACCUCCUGUGCAAGACAUUGUUGCUCAAGAGCAUAUUGAGGAGUUGCAGCUAUUGGACCCCUCCACAUGCAUACCUAACUUAGAUUUACCUCCUGUGAAAGAAACCGUCACUACAGAGCAUCUAGAUGAUGGGUUGCAGUCAUGUAAUCCGUCUGCAUGUAUACCCAUCUCAGAUGUACCUCCUGUGCAGGAGACCAUCACACAAAAGCAUAUGGAUGAUAUGUUGCAGCCAUUUGAUCCGUCAGCAUGCGUACCUAUCUCAGAUUUACCUCCUGUACAAGACACUGUUGCUCCAGAGCAUAUCGAGGAGUUGCAGCUAUUGGACCCCUCCACGUGCUUACCUAUCUUAGAUUUACCUCCUGUGAAAGAAACCAUCACUACAGAGCAUCUGGAUGAUGGGUUGCAGCCAUCUGAUCCACCUGCAUGUAUACCCGUCUCAGAUUUAACUCCUGCGCAAGACACUAUCACUCAAGAGCAUCUUGAUGAUGGCUUACAGUCAUCGGAACCCUCCAUACCUGAAACGCUCGCAGUAGGAGACCAAUCUUUUGCAAGUGAAGCUAAGAAGAUAAAAUUGGAGAAUCUGAGCAAUCACUCUGACAGUGAAGAAUCAGCAAAUGAAAGCGAGAGAUCAGACUCGAAGAAAUCGCUGCUUAAAAUGCUUGCAUCUGCCUACCUGAACCGCAGGCCGCCAGCUCAAAUACAAUUGGAGCAAAGCAAGAGGACCCUUCCCCCACGAAAGGUUUCACCAAGAGCACCAAUACAGAACCCAGCAGUAAUAUCCACUUCAAGCUCUUCAAAUUUCAUGGACCAAUUAAGACAAAAGAUGGCUAAAUUUGGCCCUAAUAGAGAGGGCGUCAAGCAGGCCGGCGGCAUGGGGAAAGUCAAGCCUAAAAAGAAAAAAUUAAAAAGGAUUAUCUCUACAACCAAAAUAUUAUAUCCUAUAGUGGCUCUUGAGUCCUGUCAAAAAAGCUUGCAGGACAACAUGGAGGGGAGGCAUCAGUGUGGUGUCUGCAGCAGAGUUUUUCAAGACGUGGACAGCUUGAUAAUGCAUCAUGCCUUGCACAAAAAGGAACGUGUGAAAUUUUGCCGUCGCUGCCGGCAGUAUUUGAUCUGUGUCAUUUCUGUUCCAAACAAUCACGUCUGUUCUAUCUCGAAUAUAGGGCCGUCCAGACAUUUUACAUUUGUAAGGAAAAGCUUCCUGACCUCAAACAACCCUACAAUGCUUCACUCUCGGAAAAUGUUCCACUGUACAAUGUGCAAUCGGAGCUAUACACGCAGGCACAGCCUCAACAAACACAACUGUCAGUGGAUAGCCUCUCUUAAGUCCUCUGCCACUGCAGCCAAACAAGCUGAGAAUUUCCACAGCUUGGGUGAAGGAUCUAGUGCUGGAAAAGGACUUGUGUCAUCCGAGCAGAUAAGUGUUGGUGUGAACACAGGCAAACUUCAGAUUGUAAAGUCUGAGGAUCUCCGUGCUGAUUUCCCUAACAAGGAGACAAGGUUAGUGCAGAAACCUUCCCCUGUCAAGUCAAACAUUCACUCUGGUUCCGCCAAGAGUUUCCCACCGUUUCUUGCCAACGUUUCUAAAAUCAAUUCAGCAAAGUUAAAUGUCAACUUUAAUUCAGCUGGGCCUACAUCUUCCCGACUUAGAGAAAGAAAUAUCAGAAAGGGAAGUGAAUCAGAAUUAGACGAGAGCCAGUGGACAGUGCCUUUGGAUGACAAUGAAAUUGAAGUGAUGGACGUUGAUGAAGGAAAGCGUGAUUCGGUGGUGGCACCCAAGAACAACUCUGAUGAUGAUGUUAUUUUAGAACCUACCGUUAAAAGUCAACCCAGCUUGCUCCUUUCAGGUAGAGAAUUUCAAGUGCACAUCUCUGAAAAGGGUGUAAAGCGUUUUUCUUGUAACAGAUGUAACAGAAGCUAUUCCCGCCAUUUCACUGUACAGCAGCACCUUAAGAUUUGUAGUGCAAGAAAACUGAGAGAGCAACAUUCUUUUGGAAAGGCCGGUAUCCUUGCCCUGAAGAAGAAGUUUCCGUGUCCACUUUGCAGUGCAUCAUUUACCCGGAAAGACCGCAUGAACAUGCAUAGAAAGAGAUGCCAGGCAAUGAGAAACCCCACCAUGUUGGCGGGUAAUAGGAUGUUGGAGAAGAAAAAUGAAGCACCCCAGGGAAACAUGUUUGUGUUGCCCCCAGCAGCUAAGAACGACGUCAGACAGGAUAACAAUAAAACCAGUGCUGGCAGUGGAAACUGGGGGAUUAUGUCAUUACCCUCUGUGCUUCCCAGAAAAGUGACCUGCGAGUGUGGUGCAGUAUUCACUUGCCCAAGACUUCUGUUCGAGCAUCUGCAGUUGCAUGCAAUGGAGUCGUACAUUUGCUCCCAUUGUGGUGAAAAUCUGAAGUCUUGGGCCGAGCUUGAAGCGCACCAGAAACUGCAUACGCAGGCACAAGUACAGCCUCAGCAAAAGCAACAAUUUCAAACAUCGAGUCAAAGUGUAAAAAGCCAGCCUCAAGAUGUGUUGAAGUCACCUUUGAGUAACAGACCUCUCCCAGAAGGAAGCGUUUGCCACAGGUGUAAAAAGAUCUUCAGAACGCGCAAGUCCAUGCUGCGACAUUUGAGGCUGAGUUGCAGAGGAGAAAUUGCAGUUCAAAAGAAUCACACUUGCUCUCGCUGUGGAAUGACUUUCCAAAGUCAGUUAGCCCAUAAGGUUCACGUUCAGAGCAACAGUUGCACCCCAUCUUACAAACCUAUUCGCUGCCCAGUUUGCGUACGCUGGUUCAGUUCCGUGGAUGGACUUAAAAAACAUUUGCUUACACACAGCCAACAAAAGGUUUUGACGUGCCAGAUCUGCAGGCAUAAGUGCUCAAGCCAUGAAGAUCUUGAGGAACAUAAAAGGAAUAUCCAUGGCCCGAAGAAAGCUUCCGCAUCACCGACUCUUCAGUCUGCACACGUUUCGCAAAGCAACCCAUCAAAUGCAUUUCGUUGUCAGAUAUGUCAACGCACUUACCCAAAACUCCAGUCUCUGAAAGACCAUUUGAGGAAAGUCCAUCGACCGCAAGGCAUAAACAUGGUCAACCUUAGUGCUUUACAGCCCAAAGCUGGUGGACUUCCGUCAUCAGCAGCAAUGGUGCAGCAAAGCCAGUCCAAGCAGCUUCAGUGUACCAUUUGUGCACGCACCUACCCAGAUAUUCAGUCCUUGAGAAACCACAGGCGAAGAGUCCAUCGCAUUCUUGGUAGUGGACUUCAGCCAUCGAGAGGACCUGUACAGCAAAGCCAUUUCAGUCAGUUUCAGUGUCACAUUUGUUCACGCAGCUACCCAGACAUGAGGUCCUUGAGAAACCACAGAAGGAGGGUCCACCGCCUUCUGGGUGGCCUUGAGAUGUUCAAGGGAACACUUGUUCAAAGCCUGGACAAUCAGUAUAAGUGCCACAUAUGCCAGCGUAGUUAUCCGGAUGUAACAUCCUUCAAGAACCACAGAAGACGGGUGCACCAUAUUUUAGGGGAGGUACCUGACACAGCAAAAAUGGCUGCACCAGACAUUGUAGAGUUAAAGGAAGAGCCAGAAAUGCUUCCCGUCAUAUCGCUCGAUGGACCCCAAACACGAUGAGUGACCGUCAGCCAUUUAACCAGUUUAAUCCCAGCUGAGGAUGUUGAUGUUUGUUCACCGAACCUCUUCUUCUGUUUUUUUUUUUUUUUUUGUUCUGGAAAGUAGUUGGAAAGUGUUGAAUCGUGAUAGUGUGUGUAUAUAAUGGACAUUUAGUAAAGCAGAGACCCUUUCUUAACUUUCAAGUUGUUUGUGCCCAUAAAGUGUAAAUACUCAUCCCUAUGUUGUUCUAACGCAUAUCUGGUAGCUGUUUAAAAAGAAGUUAUUGACAAAUGCAUGCAGAGCUUAAAAAGCAGAACCAUUGUAGAUAAAGUUUUGUUAUUUUUUUUGUUACUUUUGUGCGUUGUCAGUGUAUUGACAGUAACAGUGUCCAUGAAAACUUGUUUUGAAGCAUCAGUUGCUCUAUGCUGUAUCAAUAAAUACUGUGCUUACUGUUCUUAAUUUUGUAUUAAUCGUUGGUUAUGCAUGCUUAGUAAAUGUGGCACCGCAAUAAAGCAAUGUUUACUUGAGUGAA